GUGCUCCCAUUCGACACAGACCCGGAACCGGAGGAAAACAUACGAGCUGUAUUCCUGCGUUGCAUAUUUGUGUUGUUGAUUCGGAUCUACGUUGUUUUUGUUCACACUUGAAGCAAACCGAUGUUUCUUUAAUCCGCACCAGGAUUUGUUUGCGUGUAUUCACACCUGCACAAAAGCAGAUGGCCAUGAGUGUGCAAAGCAGAGCCCUUGGGGCCGUUAUAGGGGCCGCUGUAGCAGAUGCAGCAGCCCAGCCCAUGCACUGGAUUUACAAUCUAGACAGACUCCGAGAAGUUCUCGCUGACCUGGAACCCACACCAGAGUUUCGUGCCGACUCUGCAAAUCCUUUUUACCGCAGGAAGACGGGCGAGCAGACGUGCUAUGGAGACCAAGCUUACGUCCUGUUGGAAUCAUUGAGUCAGUGUGGAGGUAUCAACGUGGAGGAUUUGACUCAGCGUUUCUACAAAUUCUUUGGCCCGGAGACAGUGUAUGACCUGCCAGUCAAUGACCCUUACCGCAAGGAAGGAGGCCCCAAAGCUGUCCUUCCGAUUGAUGGUCCAUGGAGGCAUGCGAGCAUCAAAGUUUUCUUAAAAAAUGUGGAUUCCGGCAAAGAAGAAACUGGCUGUGACAAGGACUGCCAAAUGGACGGCAUUACCAAGCUAGCCCCAGUGGUAGCUUUUUAUGCCGGCCGACCUGAAAUGCUGGACCAAGUGGAAAAAGUUACACGGGUGACCCAAAAUAACGACAUAUGUGUGGCUGUGACAUUGGCUGCGGCUCGGUUUUUGGAACAUUUCAUUCUGAAUGGUCCAAGUUCCAAAGCUCUGGAAGCAGUUUUGGCUCAGUUGAAUGAUCCACAAAGACAAAAUCCUCAAGAGCUUGAUAAUGCAAUCAUCGCACAUGUCAACGAGGUGAAGAAAAACCUGGCCAAGCCGACCCAGCAGCUCAUACCCGCUCUCUUCACAAACACAUGAGCUUUGCCCGGUGCGUUCCAAGGAGCGCUACAUGGAGUCCUGACAUCCAGUCGAUUGGAUGAAGGCGUCAGGGACACCAUGCGCUGCGGGGGAUGCACCGCCAGCCGAGCUUCUUUCAUCGGCGCCUGCUUCGGGGCACAGACUGGCCUCCAAGGAAUCCCCGAGUCCUGGAAGACGAGAACCCUCAGAUAUCCUCGACUGCUGGAGCUAGUUGAAAAGAUGUUCCAAAAAUCAACUUAAAUCGAAGUUGCGGGCUUUUCAGUGCUUGUUACUUUCCUUCAGUUGCAGAUGUGUUUUGAAAUGACAGUUCGUGACGGUCUCGUUUCAAAAGUCUCCGACUGAACGAGACUUGAAUUUGUUUGUCGUGUCAAAAAAACCCAUCAGUUGCUGAUAAAGGAUAGUGUUACUUGCA